AUGGACGUUGACAUGGAACGACUGAAUCCUCUAUUGAGCAUCGAAUCUGAGAAUGAGGUUCGUAUGAUCGGAAUCUGGGGAAUGGGAGGCAUAGGCAAAACCACCAUUGCCAAGUGUCUCUAUGAAGAAUAUUCGCGCCGAUUUGUUCACUAUUGUUUCAUAGAAAACGUUAGGAUUUUUGCAAAGAAUGGCCUCCCAUAUUUGCAGGAAAAGCUUCUAUCUGAAAUCCGAGGCAAAAAGCAAGAGACCUUAUGGAGCGUGGAGAAGGGAUGCAGACUUAUCAAGUCGAAGCUCAAGGAAAAAAAUUUCCUUGUCCUUGACGAUGUGGACAAUGUGGACCAGCUGCAUGCCCUAGCAAAAGAGACGAGCUGGUUUGGACCAGGGAGCCGAAUCAUCAUAACUACACGAGACUUUGGCUUACUCUACUCCUUUGGAGUGAGAUUAUUAUACCGUGUUAGCUUUUUGGAUGACAAUGAUGCUAUCAAAGUCUUUAAACAUGUUGCUUUUGACGGAGGGCAACCUCCUUUUGAUGUCUACCAUCAAUUCUCAGUCCGUGCUUCUAGGCUUGCUCAAGGCCUUCCUUCAGCCCUUGAGGCUUUUGGCGCGUUGGGCAUUCUUGAAACAGUUCCUCAAAAACGUAUCAAGGAUAUUUUAAAAACUAGCUAUGACGGUUUAGACGAGGAAGAGCAAGCUGCGUUCCUUCAUGUUGCAUGUCUAUUCAAUGGAGACUCUGUCCACCGGGUAAAUGCCCUUAUCGAUGAUGGUGACAUGAGGAUAAAAGCUUUAGAAGUGAAGUCUCUCAUAGACAUAUCACUUGAUGGAUGCAUUACAUUGCAUGUCUUGAUAGAACAAGCGGCAAGAGAAAUUGAUACAGCAAUGGUUGAAGGUGUAGCACUUCACAUGUGUGAGAUGAUACACGUGUUGCCUAUCGACGGAAAUAUUCUUAACACUAUCAACAAUCUCAAAUUCUUCAAGGCUUUCACGCAUAUAGAGGUUAUGAAUUCCAAAUUGCAGUUUCUUCCAGGCACAGCUAACAAUUCAGGGGGCCUUGGUCAGUUGAGGAGACUAGAUGUUACUGGCUCUAAGAAUCUGAGAGAAAUUCCAGAUCUCUCGAGGACCAUGCUGCUCGAGGAGUUGAUAAUGAAAGGCUGCACAAGAUUGGAGAAAACUCUAGAUAUCAGAAAAGGCUGUCCUUCCAGAACGUGGACUAAGGCGACGCCGACAAAUAAUAUUGAGGCUUCCCAGAGGAGUAAAGAAGCUGAGUUCUCUUGCAAACCUAUCUAUAGAAGGGAAGAUACACAUCGGCUUGUGGCAUCUCACGGGAACCGUAGAGCACCUCUCCUUUAUUCCGAGCAAAAAAUCCCUGAUGAAUUGGUAAUGGUGCCAAAGAAAAGAUUUCCGAUCAUCUCAAGCUUUUAUGAUCUUAAAUCUCUCAGCAUCAUGCGGUUUAGCCACAUUGCAGAUGGUACCCCCUUCCGUUGCAUUAGCUUCUCAGGUUUCCAGUGCUUGGUAGAGUUGAAUCUGAUCAACUUAAACAUCCAGAAAAUCCCAGACAACAUUGGUCUAAUGCAGUCACUAGAGAAAGUGGACCUCAGCGGAAAUGAUUUCAGGAAUCUACCCGCAUCAACAAAGAACCUUUCGAAGUUGAAAUACGCGAGGCUCUCUAAUUGCAUCAAACUCGAGGCAUUUGUAGAGCUGACUGAGUUGCAGACGCUCAAGCUUUCUGGUUGUACGAACCUCGAAUCUCUGCUGGAACUUCCUUAUGCGGUUCAAGAUGUAGGCAGAUUCUGUUUGCUAGCGCUUGAGCUUGAUAACUGCAAGAAUCUCCAAGCAUUAUCAGAACAGCUAAGCCAUUUCAGCAAUUUAAUACACUUGGACCUAAGCAGCCACGACUUUGAGAAACUCAAAUCAGUGGAAGAGCUUCCACUAAACCUCAAGCAUCUCUACGCACACGGCUGUGAUUCCCUGGAAAGUGUCGACCUUUCCCCAAAGCAUUCAAUCAAACACCUCGAUCUUAGCCAUUGCUUCGGUUUGCAACAAGAUGAGCAACAGAUUACACAAUUUCUAAACGACAAGUGUAGCCAAGAGGUUUCACAAAGAUUUCUUUGCUUACCAGGAACUGAAGUACCCAGAAAUUUCGAUAAUCAGUCACAUGGGACAUCGACGAAGAUCAGCUUGUUUACACCGACACUUCUGAGUUUCGCUGCCUGUAUCUUGAUUUCUUGCGAGAGGUCCUUCUACCUCCAAUUCCCAGCGUUUAGUUAUGAUUGGAACCGCAAAGAUGAUGAAGUAAUUUCGAUUAACCUCACACCAAAUCUCAAUCUUUCAUCGGAGAUUGAGGAAGAAGAGACUGUAACAUCACAUCACCUGGUUAUCAUCCACGUACCCAGUAGCAUAAACACCGACAAAAUCGAAGAUUUGCGACUCGAAUCCUCUCUUCAAUUUCCAGAGGAGUUUCAGUUUUCACCCUGCGAGAUAAGAGCUUGUGGAAUUCGCAUGGUUGACGAAGAGACUAAAUGUCUGGAGAGCUCACCUCUUAUGCCACUAUUGGAGAAGAAAUAA